AUGGUUGGUUACAAGACUCGCUGGGGAGACAUGCGUUUUUGUUUGGGUGUGUUUGUUUAUGAUAUUGCUGCUGAGGUUCGUUUGUGUGGCAUUGUGGCAUGCCUCGUGGAUGUGUUGACGGAGUUGCGUGUAGCUGCAGGUGAGGAAGUGCAGGGAGCAGGCAGCGUGUGGGGAGCAUUGAGUUGGCUGAGUGUUGCAUGUGGUACACGGUGUAGGGAAUUCGAUGAGAUGGCAGGCGAAGUUUUGUUGGAGAUGUCUAACGUUUGUGCUAAGUGGGGGAAAGUGCGCGGUGGUGGUUGUUGGCGAAAUGUCUGUUACAAAGCUACGUGUUGGAUGGGGCUAUGUAUAAUUAUGCGGAAUGCUAGGCAGUGGAUGUUGUUGGUAGGUGGAAUGUUUGUUACUGAGCUACGAGUUGGGCGUUGUUGUGUAUCGCCAUGCGGGGCGGUAGGCCUGUUUGUGUUUUGGGUCGUGUGGUUGAAUGGUGGCUGUUUCUCUGUGGAGGUGGGUAAUGGCGGUUGGGGCGCUGGUGUAGGUGCAGGCCCUGUAGCGCGGAGGCAGUGGAAGGGGUCUCUGUUGUGUUGCAUUGGUUACGGAGUGACACAGGUGGCGGAUUAG